AUGGGAAGAGCUCCAUGUUGCGACAAGGCAAAGGUGAAGAGAGGGCCUUGGUCUCCUGAGGAAGACUCUAAGCUUAGAGAUUACAUUGAGAAGUAUGGUAAUGGUGGAAAUUGGAUCUCUCUUCCUCUCAAAGCAGGUUUGAGGAGAUGUGGGAAGAGUUGUAGAUUGAGGUGGCUAAACUAUUUGAGACCAAACAUAAAACAUGGUGACUUUUCUGAGGAAGAAGACAGGAUCAUUUUCAGUCUAUUCGCUGCCAUCGGAAGCAGGUGGUCAAUAAUAGCAGCUCAUCUACCGGGAAGAACAGACAACGACAUCAAGAACUAUUGGAACACAAAGCUAAGGAAGAAACUUUUGUCUUCUUCCUCCUCCUCUCAUUCAUCAUCGGCCAUGGCUUCUCCUUUUCAAAACCCUAAUUCUCAGGAUGUGAAAAGGCCAUUAACCCCAUCAACUACAAUCCCACCUUCCGUUUAUAACCCAUAUGUUGAAAACCUUGAUCAGAACCCAAUAAAAUCUCUCAUCUCCAACACUAAUUCCUUUGAAGCUCAUGAUCAACAGAUCUUUCCCUUCAUUUACCCGAAUUACCCUCAAGAUCUCUCUCUUUCGGACAGCAACAAAAACUACAUUACGAGCACAAGUGGUUUCUUGCUCAAUCACAAUAUGUGUGAUCACUACAACCACCACACAAGUUUCUCCUCAGACGUCCAUGGAAAGAGAUCAGAGAUUAUGCCGAAGCAAGAAGAGAUGAUGAUGAUGAUGAUGAUAGACCACCACAUUGACCAGAGGGUAAAAGGGUACAAUGGGGAUUUCAUACAAGGGUAUUACAAUAACUGCAAUGGGCAUGGGGAUUUGAAGCAAAUGAUUAGUGGAACAGGCACUAAUUCUAACAUAAACAUCGGUGGUUCAGGUUCAGGCUCAGCUUCAUCUUCUAGUUCCAUAAGCAACCUAGCUGAGAACAAAAGCAGUACUAGCCUCCUACAACCCAAGUGCUUGCCCUAUUUCUACUCCUAG